AUGGAAAUCGAAAGAAUACCAAAUGUCUUGGAAUAAAGACAAAAUGAAGUUUUUAAGUAUUGCAAUAUUUAUUGCGACUAUUGGCUUGGCGUUUGCCACACCACUGCCACAGUCAAAACCAGGGGCAAGUGCAGGGGGUGCAGCUGGUGCAGAUGGUAUGCCGAUUCAAUGGUUAAUGAAUGCUAUGCCCAGAAGUGGGCUGGCUGGUAUGGCCGACAACAUUGGUGCUGGAUUGGCAAAUUUUGGAAACGGGCAAGGUUCAGCCUUUGACGCUAUGCUCUCUGGAUUAUUUAGUGCAGUCGGUAACCUUUUAAGUGGCAUUCUUGGAUCUGGAGCUGUUAACACAGCAUUCCUCAACUACAACAAUCGACCACCACCUGAUACGGGCGCGCCAACAACUCCGAAACCUGCUGCUGGUGGAGGUGGCGGUGGGGAUGAUGGUGGCGGUGGCGAUGGUUAAUUCAAUUUUCCAUUGAAAUAUUUAUUUGUAAAUUGUGUUAUUUAUUCUUCUUAAUGUUUCAUACUCUUUUGCUUUAUCAUAAUAAAAAUAAUAGUCUGAAAUAAAAAAUCAAGAAUUCA